AUGGGUGCUCUAGCUAACACGGGCUCUGAACCCAAGGACAUGGGUGCUUCCGGCGGCGGAAUUGACUCAUCCUCUUCUAUCAACAGUGACGGCAAAGAGGAAAUCCAACUCAAUAUUGGACCUGUGCAGAUCAAAAUUGUUGGUUCAUUCAGUGGCCUCGGCAAAUGGCAGUGGGAAGGCGCCAAACCGGGCGAAAAUUCGACCGUUCAUCAGGUAACUGUUGGCGAUCUCAAGGAUGGCCAGCCAGUACUAGCAUAUGACCCUCCCAGUAUUGAUGCGCAGCCGGGCGACUAUGUCCAGUUCAAUUUCAAAGCGAACAACCAUACCGUCACACAGUCCACCUUCGAGAAGCCUUGUGUGAAAAUGCCAGGCGGUAUGGACUCUGGCUUCAUGCCUAACAUACAAAACAACAUGCCAGUGCCACCAUCGAUGAUGGUGGCUAUCAACGAUACGCAGCCUCUUUGGUUCUACUGCCGUCAAGGGACUCAUUGCGGUGAAGGCAUGGCCUUCGGCAUCAAUCCCGGCGGUGCAGCCAAGAUGGAUGAGUUCUUGAACCUUGCCAGAUCGCAAAAUGGUACCAACGUGCUAGCUUCGAACAGCACAUCGUCAGGAAAUGGUACUGCCGGUGGUCAGAAUGGACUGCCCGCCAGUUCUGCGGUUGCAAACCCAACAGCUUCACCACUAUCAAAUCUCGUUCCUGGCUCAGGGUCCGAGUCUGCAGGUGGCCCCGGUUCUGGUGGGGACGCGUGCAACUGCAACUGUCUCUGCGACCUGGGAUCACCAAGCAAUGGUGGAUUGGUCGGAUCCAUUCCCCUUCCAAGCGCUGGUGCGCUGGGCAGAAGGAGUGUGAAGUACUGA